AUGCAAACCUGGACCUGCGAAUCCGUCACCAGAGUUCUUGAAACCCUUAGCUUACUGACUCCAACUAAUGCUUCUCCAGUUUUGUUAAUUUACUGUGGCUCUGCAUCCCAGUUCUUUGCGCUGCCUGAUGUGGUCGCGUGGCCAGCUGGAUUGUCUUCUUACCAUGACCAUCACUGUACCAAAACUUCUGAGUGUGAUUUAUGUGGAACGCAACAGGGCCCGCGCGUGGUACCUCCUAGUGGUGUUCGCAGUAAACGCCGGCGUCGGCGUCGUCGUUGUCAUCGUGGUCAUUGCCAGAUACUAGAAUCAACUUAUGAAGGGAAAAAAGAUUACAGACAAGAGGAUCGGGUGCAACAGAUUGUGGAGAGAUUUGCUGAAAAAGUCGAGAUUGUUUUUGCAGGAGCCAACGACAGUCCUAUAAUUUCAAGCAUUGUAAGUCGGAUUCUUGAUCGUGUUAAAAAUCCACAAUCAAACAGUACUCUCCCAGGAACAAUUGUAAUCUGGGGGUUAUUGUCAUGGAUGCAUGAUCAACAGGCUCCUGUUUUGGAUGGCACUGCUACUACGUUUGGUAAAAUUAAUGCAAUGGAUCGUAGGAUUGGUGCACAAAACUUGUGGACAGCUCAAACACUUGAAGCAACGCUCAGCGUGCUUUCCCAAGUUUCUGGCGAGUGUGAGUCUUUGUCAGAUCAUGACCAGCAUGACCAAUGUCGGUCACUGAUUCUUGCAGAACCCGCAGCAAAUGCAUCUUUCCUUACAGACCCGACCCACAAAACGCUCCCACUAAUCUGCACCUCUUUGGUACAGCAACAACAACAACAACAACAACAACAACAACAACAACAACAACAACAACAACAACAACAACAACAACAGCAACAGCAGAAUCCACAGAACACUGUUUCGGCCGCAAGCGUGCUUCGCGCAUGGUCCAGUGUAUUGUCUAUCUAA